AUGGCGCCUCCCAAGCUCUCCCUGGUCGUGCUCCUCUUCCUCCUCUUCCCGGCCACCGGCAGCGCCAACGCCGCGGACGCCGGCCCCGCCGACGCUGCCCCGGGCGGCUUCAACAUCACGGAGAUCCUGGACCGGUACCCGGAGUUCCGGCUCUUCAACUACCUCCUCGGCAAGACCCGCGUGGCGCGCGAGAUCAACCGCCGCAACUCCGUCACCGUCCUCGCGCCCGCCAACUCCGACGUCGACUGGCUCCUCCGCCGCAGCGCCAGGCUCCCGCGCGCCGCGCUCCUCGAGCUCCUCUCCGUCCACGUCGUCCUCGACUACUACGACGCCGCCAAGCUGGCCGCCCUGCCCCGCGGCGCCGGCGCGCGCCCCGUCGUCGCCACCACGCUGUACCAGACCUUCGGCCCCACCGCCGGCGACAAGGCCGGGUUCCUCACCAUCACCCCCGCGCCCAACGGCGGCGCGGUGUUCUCCUCGGCGGCCCCGGGAGCGCUCGUCAGCGCCACGUUCAAGAAGGCCAUCACCGCCAGGCCCUACAACAUCUCCGUGCUCCAGAUCAGCAACUUUGUCGUGCCGCCCGGGGUCAUCAGCAAGCCGCGCACCCCGCCGCCGCCGCCGAAGAGGAUGAGCUCCAUGUCCGUCGCACCGAGCCCCGCGCCGGUGCCGGCCCCGCUCCCGUGCCCGCCGGUGACGAUGCCCGUGGAGGUGGAGCCUACGGAGGAGAUCCCGGCGGCCGCGCCAGCGCCGUCGCAGGGCUACGUGGUGCGGGCGGUGAUGGGGUGGUGGUCCGGCGUCGGCAUGGCGCUCGGGAUGGUGUGCGUCUUGGCGCAUUUGUAG